AUGAGCUCGUCACAAAACAAUUCAGACGAUUUACCCACUAGGGUAUCCAGUAGGAAAGGGAAAAACUUGCAUGUUGCCCAUAGACGUUCCCCUUCAGAGUUGACCACUUUGAUGGUUGAGCAAUACAACUUACAACGUCAAUUGGACCAGGUUCAAGCACAACAAAGACAAAUCUUGGAACAGCAACAGCAACAGCAGCAACAACAAUACUUGCAGCCACAAUUUGAGUAUCCACCCCUGUCGUCUUCCUCGCAUUCUGAUUUUCUGCAUUCAUCACAACAAUCCAACCACCACCACCACCACAACAACAACCGUGGUUCGCACUCCAGAUCUUCAUCAAUCAAUAAUAACAAUAACAACACUCAUAGAAGAACAGGUUCGGCUAGUGGAACUGCCCAUGGCCACACAAGAAGACAUUCGUUGGCGCUCAAUGAAGCAAUUGCGGCUGCAGAUCAACAAAGAACGAGCAGACUAAACUCAAGUCCUCUGCACGCUGCAUCUGAUGGGGCAGAUGACACCAAAGUGGGGUCAUUUAGAUUUCCACCGGAAAGUAACGAUCCAUCUAGCCCAAGCAACGCAGCUCAUAACCGGUCAAGGUCCCUGGCCUAUGGUCUGCAAACAUUCAAGUUUCCGGCAACGCCAUCACAAGAAGGAUCAAGCGGUAACAACAACUUGUUACCUCCAACUCCAAAUUUUAGCAUUACCCAAUCCCCAGAACGUGGUGGUGGCGGCAGCCACAAUAGAAAGCCUUCACACUACAGAACUGCGUCACGUAACUCUGAGGGUAUAAAUCAAAACUGGAGACAACAAAACAUUCAUUUAACACCUCAGUCUGGUUCUCAUCAUAGACAAUCUUCAGGGUUAGAACCACCUCCGGGCUUUGUUCCGGGUCACAGACCACGUAAUAGUUCCUAUGGCGGAGGAAAUUCAGUGUCGUCCAUUUCACAAUUUUUACCUAACAGUGGUGCCGGUGGACAAGGAGGAGGACAAGGUGGGCAAAAUACAGGCAAUGGCCGCAAAUCACUUUUCGCUCCCUACUUGCCGCAAUCGUCGCUUCCCGAGUUGAUUAAUGAGGGUCGUUUGGUAACUGGUAUUUUGAGGGUUAACAAGAAGAAUAGAUCAGAUGCGUAUGUCUCCACUGAUGGAUUAUUGGAUGCAGACAUUUUCAUUUGUGGAUCAAAGGAUCGUAACCGUGCUUUGGAAGGGGAUUUGGUUGCGGUCGAGUUAUUAGUUGUUGAUGAAGUAUGGGAGUCAAAGAAGGAGAAAGAAGAAAAGAAGAGAAGAAAAGACCACAAUACCAGGCCCUUGAAUGAUGAUAUACAUAAUGACGCUACUUCAGCACCCACAACCACUGGAGCAGGUUCCGCCACUGAGAGCAAGGACGAAAAGAGCGAAGAAGGAUCAUUGGGAAGAAGAGGGUCACUUAAGCAAAGACCAACAAUGAAGAAGAAUGACGACGUUGAGGUCGAAGGACAGUCUUUACUUUUGGUUGAAGAAGAGGAAAUAAAUGACGAGGUUAAACCUUUAUAUGCCGGACAUGUUGUGGCCGUGGUUGAUAGAAUUCCAGGUCAAUUGUUUGCUGGUACAUUGGGUUUGUUGAGACCGGCCCAGGCUGCACAAGCCGCAAGAGACAAGAAGUCAGGAAACGAGCCAUCGGUUCAUACACCCAAAGCGCCAAAAAUUGUAUGGUUCAAGCCUACCGAUAAGAAAGUCCCAUUGAUUGCUAUCCCAACAGAGCAGGCUCCUGCUGACUUUGUAAGCAACCACGAAAAAUAUGCUGACCAGUUAUUUGUCGCGUCAAUCAAGAGAUGGCCCAUUACAUCAUUGCAUCCUUUCGGAACUUUGGUAUCCAAAUUGGGAAAGAUUGACAGCCCUGACAUCGAAGUCGACUCUAUCUUGAGAGACAACAACUUUCUUUGUGAUGAAUAUCCUAAUGACAAACUCGACGACGAGGAAAUUCUUGGUACUUUUGAUUUGCCAUCUGUUGAAUCAGAAUUGGAGAACUCGAGCAGAACAGAGUAUUUGAAUGACUAUAUUAUUGCAUUUUCUCCAAAUGGCCAGUUUGUCGACCACGCUUUACAUGUGAAAAGGUUGUCUAAUACAAAGAUUGAAUUGGGGUUCCAUGUUUCAGACGUAUCAUACUUUGUUAAGCCUGGGUCAGUGUUGGAUCGUAAGUCGAAAAAGAGAUCAUCCUCGGUUUUCCUUCCCCAGAAAGUGGUUCAUUUAUACCCACAGCAAGUCAACAAAUUGAUUUCGUUUAAGGAAAAUGUGAAGAAUUUGGCAUUGUCGGUGGUUUUUGAAAUCGACACCACCAAUUUCGAAGUUGAGGACUUGUUUAUCCAUGAGUCAGUAAUUGUCCCCAAGCAAAUUGUCAACUACGACUUUUUUGAUAAAAUUUUAGAAAACAAGCCUGUCGACACUAUUUCGUCUGCCACUUCCGACUACAUCAGAACCUUUAGCUUGAUUGCGAAGGAGUUUCGCCGUCAGCGUUUGGCAAAUAGAAGCUUAGGAAUUACACCAAAUUUGACCUUGUUGGACCAAUUGGAUGAUGAAAAAGUUGCUUUGAGUUUGAAUAUUUUCGAUGACAGUUUGGCUCGUGAUGUUGUUUCGGAAAUCGCGUUGAAGGUGAAUUCUGCCAUUGCUGCAAAAGUUCAGGUUGGCUUGGGCAACAAGGCAUUUUUGCGUCGUCAAGGAUUGCCUACGUUGCAAAAGAUAGAAACAUUCGUACGCAAAGCGACUAACUUGGGUUUCAAGAUCGAUACUACUGAUGCCGCCACUUUGCAGAAUUCAUUGUUGAAGAUUGAGGAUCCUGUUAAGAGACAGUGUGUGGAGAUUUUAUUGUACAAGUGCAUGGCUCGUGGAAAGUACUACGUUGCUGGAAAGCAAGAUCCUGAUAGUUAUGGUCAUUACUACUACAACUUGCCCUUGUAUACACAUUUCACUGCGCCUUUGAGACGUUAUGCUGAUUUGAUUGUGCACAGGCAAUUAAAGGCGGUGUUGCACAAAGAAGAAGAGGAGAAAGAUGUUGAUUCUUUAAAAGCAUUGGCUGAUUAUUGCAAUUUCAAAAAGGAUUGCGCUGCUAGCGCUCAAGAACAAGCCAUCCAUCUCUUGUUGUCACAAACCAUCAAUGAAUUGAGUGAAAGCGCUGGCCAGUUGUUGUGCAUGGGUACUGUAAUUCAGGUCUAUGAGUCGUCAUUUGACGUGUUCAUACCCGAAUUUGGUAUUGAAAAGAGAGUCCACGGAGAUCAGUUACCUCUUGCCAAGGCCGAGUUUGACAAGACAAACCGGGUUUUGGAACUAUUUUGGGAAAAGGGUGUUGAUUCAGCAACUUACAUCCCGCCUGAUGAAGCAACUUCGUUGUCCUAUCGAAACUCGAUAAAGAAUAAGUACAGAACUUCGUCCGCGCAGGCUGCCAAGAUUCAGAAUAGGGCCAUUUUGGAGAAGAAGGAAUCAGGCGAGGAUUCAAUUGUCGAGAAGUUACAAAAGAUGAACUUGGAGCCUCCAAAGUUGACGAUGCCACCCUUGAAAAGGGUCCACGAGGUGUCGGAUGAAGAUGCUACUAAGUCGAUGCCAAACCUGCCAACUCAAUCACACAUGCCUCAGAAUCUAAGAACGAACUCGUCUUCGCUUAUUGAUGAAUCAGAGGGUUCAAACAUUGCAGGUUUGGCGCCAUAUUUGCAAAGCCUUGAAACCAAGGUUGAAGGUGAUUCCUAUACUCAAGUUAUUAGAGAGUUGAGUGAGGUCCCAGUUUUGUUGAGAGCAGAAAUCGGUAUGACGUUGCCAUGCUUGACUGUUCGUAUUUUAAAUCCAUUUACGUAG